AUGGGCAUCCGGCAGACCAAGGGCAGCCUGGCCGAGAGCUCCGGCGCGCCCCCCCGCUGCGCCCCGGACCCGGACCCGGAACCGGCCCCGGCCCCAGCCCCGGCCCCGGCCGCCCCCCGCCGCCGAAGCUCGGCCCGCGAGCGAGGCGAGUUGUGGGCGGCGCUGCUGCUGCGCCCCGGGGACAAGGCGGCCCGCGCCGGGUCCGCGUCCGGGCCGGGCCUGGCCCCCUACCACCGGCGGGUGAGCAUGAUCCAGGAGCUGCUGUCGCUGGUGCGCCAGGGCCGCCAGGAAGCGGCCGGAGAGCUGCUCCUCCAGCUGCGCCAGGACUUGGGCAUGGAGUCAACAUCACUGGAUGACGUCCUCUAUCGCUAUGCCAGCUUCCGGAACCUGGUGGACCCCAUCUCACACGACCUCAUCAUCAGCCUGGCCCGAUACGUGCACUGCCCCAAGCCAGAGGGUGAUGCCUUGGGCACCGUGGAGAAACUCUGUAGGCAGCUGAUAUACCAUCUCAGCCCUCACUCCCAGUGGAAACGCCAGAGCUUUGUGAAGAGGAAAUCCCAGGCCUGUGUGAAAGCAGCCUUGCUGGGGCCCCCCUCAGACCACACAGUGGACCUGUCGGGCAUCUCGAUGGCGUCCCGAGACCUGGAGCGGCUCAUAGCCUAUCUGCAGCGCUGCAGGGACCAAGUGGAAGUCCUUGAACUGGGUUUCACCGACCUCACCGAUGACAUGGUCCUCCGACUGCUGCCGGUCCUCAGCUCCCUGCCCCACCUCACCACCCUCGCCCUCAAUGGCAACCGCUUGACAAAGGCUGUGCUCCGUGACUUCACUGAUACCCUCAAGGACCUCAGCAAGUUCCCGUGUGUCACAUGGAUUGACUUGGGCAAUAACGUGGACAUUUACUCUCUGCCCCAACCCUUCCUCCUCAGCCUCCGAAGGCGCUCUCCCAAACAGGGCCACCUACCCACCAUCCUGGAGCUGGGCGAGGGGCCUGUAGGGGGAGAGGAAUCUGAGGACAGUAUGCCUGGCGAGGUGGAUUCUGGGGAGAACCAUCCGGCUACCGAGACACAGAACAAGUCCCUCGUAGAGAAAGCGUCUGCAACCCCAAUAGUCAGUCAAACAUGACAUGGAGGGAGAGGGUAGAGGUUACUUGUAUGGAAAACUGUACAGAGGGAUGUAGCCUGGGUGUCUUGUGACCAAUGACUUCACCAGGAAGCUUCCUCUCUGGGCAGCAAUCAGCCUUACCUAGGUCUCUUUGGAGGGUGGAGAGGGGUAGGCUAAAGAAGCCCUGGCGGGGUGGCCUCUCAGGGCCUAUCCUAUUUCCAUAUGUCCUAGCCUUGCCCCUUUGUAGAGUGGGGUGCCCGUGGCAGGUCUCCCGGAUUGGGUGGGUCCAGUCAAGUGGACAGCGUCCCAUCCCUAGCAGAUAGGGAGAGAGGAGUUGGCCAGUCACCUCUUCCUUGGGUUUCCGCCUCUGUCCACUUCCUGGGGUCUUGUCUUUCCAUCCCUGUCUCCCAUGUUGUUUGUCCUGUGAUGUUGUCUGCCUCUUAGAAGUCAUCACUGGCUCCUGGAUGCUCCCCGGCCUCUCUUCUGGGCCCCAGCCCUGUCCUCUGCCUCUCUGCUCAUGCAGCAAUGGGGGAGGGGUUUGAGAGAUCUUCUAACUCCCCUCCUUUUAUAGCAGAAGAAACUGAGACACAGAGUAGGAGAAUGACUGGUCUGUGAUCCCAUCAAUAGUGACAAAGCUGGGAUUGGGACCCAAGUCCAAGGAGGAGGGGCAUAGAGAGAGGGACCAUUGACCCUGAAGAGACCAGCGGUUCUGAGUUCAAGAAAUCCAUUUCUUCUAGAGAAGGCCCUGGAAUGUGGGGGAGAAAGGAAUCCUUGGGGACGAACCCUUCAGAGAAAAGCAGGAGGUGGGUGCUAAGCACCCAAAAAGAGGACAAGAAAAGGCAUCCCUCCCCUGGGAAAUGGCCUUUGGGUGCUGAGGUUUAGGAGGGAAGGUGGGCCCAGCCUUCAUCCACUCCCCCUUGUCCUAGGGACCAAACCCCAGGCCUGAAUUCACCUAAGUCCUUUGAUUCAGAAUGCCCUUCCCUGCUCUGGAACCUCACCUGGCCACUCUAGAACCACUGCCCUUGCCAGGCCCGAGCUCCAGUUCUAGACCCCGCUCUGGCCUUGCUGCUGAAGAACCCAGGUGGUCGGAGGAGGGGAGCCCAGGCCACACCUGGUUGACCUGGGGUGAGCCCCCACCCAUUACCGUCUCAGUGUCUUUACCCCCCAGCACGGACUUGGCCUGACUUGGGCUUUUUUUAAAGAUUGUCUUUUGUACAGUUUCCCAGUAUCCACAGAGAUCAAGAUCAGCCUCAGUACCUGUCUGUGGCUCUCCCCUCUGUCCCUCCCCACCCCUGAGUCUGUCUGGGGUCUGUCUUUGUCCCUGUCACUCUCUCUCCUACCCUGGGUGUGAACAGGCCCGACUGGCCCUCAAAGCCACCCCGGGCUGGCAAUGUCCC